AGUAAUAUAAAAACAAAUUUAUUUUCAAUGAGUAAACAUUCCCUGAAAUUAUAGGAUAAAACAAUCGACGACUUGUCGACUAAAUUGUUGUAUCAAUUGUUUCAGAUUUUGGUCUUAAGUUUUUAAUAUUUUUGGUGAUAAUAUCAACUAUAAUAAGAUGUCGGGCAUAGCAUUGGCGCGUUUGGCAGAGGAGAGGAAGGCCUGGCGAAAGAAUCACCCGUUUGGAUUCAUUGCCCGACCCGUCAAGAAUCCGGACGACACAUUCAAUCUGAAGGAAUGGGAGUGCGCUAUACCCGGGAAGACAGGAACUCCUUGGGAAGGAGGACUCUAUAAGUUGCGAAUGCUUUUCAAAGAUGACUACCCGUCCACUCCUCCCAAAUGUAAGUUUGAACCGCCACUCUUUCACCCGAAUGUCUACCCGUCGGGAACAGUCUGUCUUUCAUUGUUGGACGAGGAGAAGGAUUGGCGUCCGGCCAUAACUAUUAAGCAGAUAUUGGUUGGCAUUCAGGAUCUGUUGAACGAACCGAACAUCAAAGACCCGGCACAGGCAGAGGCUUAUACUAUCUAUUGUCAAAACCGUUUGGAAUACGAAAAGAGAGUCAGAGCUCAGGCAAAGACAAUGGCAGCCAAUGACUGAUGGAUUAACACAACAAUACAUCCCAUUCUUUAUCAUUGAUUUAGCCAUUAUUGGUCUGAAUUCAAAAUUUGUUUUGAAAUUAUUUUCAUUAAAUUACAAUAUUUUACUUGAAAUACGUUUACAUAUCUGAUUAUAAAU